AUGAGCAGGACAAAAGAUGCCCAAACCUUACUCCAGAGUACACAUGUAGCCCCGGAAAUCUUCGAGUUACGUCCGGAUUAUCGCGUCCUCCUAAUGGUGGUUGAGGGUAUUCCCGCAGGCCCAAGCGAUGGUUUCAGCGAGGCUCUCCUGAAAGAGGCUGAAAAUUCCGUCAAGGACAAAUUAUCCAAUUGCCCCGUUACAGAACUUCCACACAUCGCUGCAUGGCGUGAGGCUUACAAAAGCUUCGGAGCUAAGCCUCAAAAAACGCGCAACAGCCUCGAAGCUUUGACUCGUCGCGCACAGGAUGGGUUGCCGCGAGUCAACCGGUUGACCGACAUCUACAAUGCCAUCUCUGUCAAAUAUCAAAUCCCAUUCGGAGGUGAGGACCUUGACAAAUACGACGGAUCUCCCGUCUUGGUCCGUGCCUCUGGUGAUGAAGAAUUUCAAAUAUUUUCUGGUGGGAAACCACAAACCGAACUUGCAGCGCCAGGAGAGCCAAUUUGGCGUGACGACAGUGGCAUCACUUGCCGACGCUGGAACUGGCGACAGGGCCCACGGACUGCUUUGACCGAUGAUACCUCGCGUGUUUUAUUCAUCCUGGAUGCAUUAGAGCCGCUCACAGACGAUGUUCUGGUUCAAGCUGCCGACGACCUCGCUUCGGCUUUGAAGAGCCUGUCCCCGGAGGUGCAAACAAUGCAUCGAAUCAUUGGUCGUUCGAUUUGA